AUGAGCGGGUUGUCUGCGACAAGCGCACGGAAGACUGGUCCAGGUCCGUCUCGGGGAGACUCGCCGUUGAUUUCGAGGUCGAAUACGCCAAGCGGAGUCGGCAACCCUGAAGCAACAGACAGAUUUACGGACAGGUCCAAGAAGUCCAAGUUCGUGCCCCGGAAUGCUCCCUUCCACCCCUCUGCCUCCAUUGUCCUGAUAGGUAUUCGUGGAGUCGGCAAGCGUACCCUAGGAGUACUCGCUGCCACAACUUACGGUCGCCGCUUGAGAGACACCGAGAGAGCAUUCCAGGAGGCCACAGGAAGCUCAUCCAGUUCCUAUCGACAAUCCCAAGGGCACCAGGUGUACCAGACAAAACGAAACGAAGUGCUGAAGGAUCUACUAGAUGCGAACAGCAAUGGAGCUGUCAUCAUCUGCUCCUUCGCCGACUUAGAAGGAGCGGGCGUCGGCAUUAUUCGAGACUUCUCGCGGACCCAUCCGGUCGUACAUGUUGUUCGAGAUGCAGCUGGCAUUCACGAGUGCAUCACAGCCUUAUCUGAGGAGAGGAUUAAUGACCUGCUGGUGGCCAGCAGCCCUCGGAUGCGGGCUUGUUCCAACUACGAGUACUUCAAUCUGACCGAACCUCUGCCGGACGUAUGGAAGCACUCUCCUUCAGCAACGCAAGAACACGACCAACAAAAUCCUGAGCAGCCCAGCGGACGCACUCUGGCCCUCAAAAGUGUCGAACGCGACUUUAUGAGGAUGCUGCGAAACAUCGCUGGCAAGGACGCCAACAUUCCGGCUCAUAGCUUCAACUAUCCUCUAUCUCAGGUUUCGCUAGAGCGGAGAACGCAAACGCUUGCGGUCCGUAUGAAUGUUGCUGAUGUUCUAACAAGCGCCUCAGACAUUGAUCAGAUGCAAGUUGGCGCGGACUGCAUCGAGCUUGUCUUUGACGGGGACUCCGAUAAGUCAAAGUCGGUUUUCCAAGAUAUUGCUCGGGCUUUCGCCACAGUACGAAGAGCAACGAUCCUGCCAAUUAUGAUUCAUAUCAGACACAAACAGCACGCCUUGGAUUCGGCGAUGCCAAGGAUCUUUGAGCUCGUUGAAUUUGCCUUGAGACUGUCACCGGAGCUUUGUGCAUUCAACUUCUUUUUGCGCGACGAAUACCUUACACCACUUCUUGCCUCCAAAGGGAGCUGCAUCGCAGUGGGCGUCAUGGAGUUAGAGACCCGCCUAGCGCAAGGGUGGAAAAGCGACCUCUGCAAAGAGCAGCUUCAACGAGCAACCAGACUUGGCUGCUCGAGCUUCAAGAUCACGAUGCCAGCCACCGCAGUGGGAGACGUCUUUGACAUUGACCGUUUUCGACGUGACGAGCAAGUUGUGAAGCAGCCGCUGCCACUGGCUGCGUUCGGCACUGGGACCAUGGGACUGUUAUCACGAUGCUUCAACACCUACCUGACCGCGGUCGACCCAGCCGUGCAGAGACAAGGAGCUUUCGCUGAUCGACUAGAACAGCAGCAAUGUUCGACUGCAAAAACCUUGACACAAUCGCUCUUUGCUAAUUCAAUCUUUGAGCCACUGCGAUACUUCGUCUUCGGAGCAGAUGUCAGCUAUUCCUUAUCGCCAGCCAUGCACAACGCUGCAUACGAGGCGUGCGGUAUGCAGUACACAUACGAAGCCCGCUCUACAAACAGCCUAGAAGAUCUCAAGGUCGCCUUCAAGCAACCAGACUUUGGUGGAGCCUCCGUCGCCCAGCCAUUCAAAACCACGGUCAUGCCUAUAUUGCACGGCGCAAGUCCGCAUGCGACGAUCAUAGGCGCCGUCAAUACGGUCAUCCCUGUGCGGGAGCUCAGUCGAGACGGCAACAUUCCCGAUGAUCUGACUCUAAUUACAAGAAGGCAUCAACAGGGAGCGGUCAAAGCAUUCUAUGGCUUCAAUACCGAUUGGAUCGGCAUCCGUGCCUGCAUCCGCCGCGGACUAUCGCCCGCAAACACCGUCCGAGCGCACAGCACAGCUGUCGUCUGCGGUGCCGGAGGCAUGGCGCGAGCUGCAGUCUAUUCCUUGUUAUCACUCGGCGUCAAGAACAUUUGUAUCUGCAACAGGACACUGAACCAUGCAACAUCUCUUGCCGACCACUACAACGCAAUCAUCAGCGCCGGCAGCAUCCCUGAUCUCGAACCUAGCAGCAACGACCAGCCGCGAGUACAUGUACUGCCAGCACUAUCCAGUCCGUGGCCACAAGACUUACGGCAGCCUACUAUGAUCGUGAGCGGUAUCCCAAGACAGGAAGCUGGACAGCCACCGGUGCAGUAUUCUCUGCCGGAGGAAUGGUUGAAGAGUACAACUGGAGGAGUAGUGCUUGAGUUGGCGUAUCGCCAGGCGGCCUCGCCACUGGCGGAUCAAAUUCGCGCCAAAGCGCGACAGGGCUGGAUAUUCAUGGACGGCAUCGACAUGUAA